AUGCCGAGUAACCCUCCCUCGGCGGCAGCUUCUCUCGGAGUCUUAGCAAACUUCAAGGGAAAUUUCGCGGGUACUGGCUUCAACCUAAUCUUCCGCCCUAACAGCGGGCCUCCCACGACGACGACGUUCCCCAACCCCGUCGCCCCAGCGCCGCCCACCCCACCUAGCGAGAACGUCCUCGAACUCAACCUGACAACAGAGACCCUCUCGUUCUCCCCUUCUCUCGGAAGCGUCCCCAACCGCGGGCUCGAGAAACAGAACGACAUCUUCCUCAACGGGAUUCCAUAUGUGCAAGCCAUCAGCGAUGUGACUAACAUCGCAACCGGAAAAGCGGACGGCACACCCGUCCCAAUACACUUCGAGCCGGGGCUCUGGAUGCAUAUUCCCGCAACAAAUUCAGACCCAUUCCUGGGCGAAUCACUCACACGAAUGGCUUCCAUCCCACACGGCACCACGAUUAACGCACAAUGCCUCGCACCAACGACCAGCAUUGCUGGUCCACCCACCAUCGCGCCAGUUGACAUUACCCCGUUCCCCAUCGGCGGCAACCAACAGUCGGGAGGAAUCAAGUUCGCAAGUCAAACUGCAUCCGCCACAAAUACCCCGCGGUUACCACAGGACCUGAGCAAGUUCAUCGCCCAGGGCACAAUCACCCAAGCCAUGCUCACGGACCCCAACACCGUUCUGCGCAACGACAAUGUAGGAAAGACGAUCACCAAGACUUUUGUCUUCACCGUGUCCACCAAAGCCGUGAGCCCGGAGCUGGCUGGUGGGACGGCCAAUAUUGCUUUCUUGCACGGUUCCUCGGCUGGGCCGAACGCGGAUGCGGCGCAGAUGUCUGCGACGUUCUGGGUCGAGAUUGUGCAAUAUAGUCUUGUGGUUCCUCCUUUCAAGCCUGGGCAGGCGCCCCUGAAGAUCUCACCCCGAACUUCUCAUCCCGGUGCUCUUGUGCCGACCUUCCACGUCAAUCCUCCCCUUGAGACCACAGUUCCCAAGACGAUUGUCAUCACCGCAACCCAGAUUCAAUAUUCGCAGGUGGUGUUUCUCAACUUUGCUGGCUUGACGUGGCCACAUGUUUCGGUGGCCACUCUUGUGCCGGCGACGUUGCAGACAGUGCCGGCUUCGGCUUUCAACUGA